CUGUUAUAAACUUGUUUAGACAUUCAGUUUUGACUUCAGUUUGAUAUUUCACACAGUCCUUUUUUUUUUUUUUGCUACAGAACUGAUUAGUGUACUGCAUAGAGGUUAGAUCUUGUGCUAAAGAAUGUUUUUUUUUUUUUUUUUUUUUUUUUUUUUAGCUUUGGCACCUCAUUAUGGGGCAAAGUUAUGUUUUAUCUUAUUUUUAUUUGCAUUCAGAUCAAAACGGAACUAUGGAUGACCAGCUGGUGUUGAGCUGUUUUUUUUUCCAGGGAUGUGACCCUCAGUAAACGGAAUAAAAGUAAAAAGGUUCAGAUAUGGGCACUUCUGACACUAGGUGGGGUUGUUGUAUUAGUUACAGGGCAUGAAUUGUCAAUAUUAAAUGAAACCGAAAGCAAGUCUGUUGUGUAAAACGCUGACAGUGAGAGCUUUCUCUGCGUAUUUUGUAAAACUGAGAUUAAUUUAACGUUAUUUGUUUUAUAAUUGAUGCAUAGAGAGAGAAACGCAAUGAAUGCUUCGUUGUCAGUCGACUUAUUUGACCUUUCCCACCGGAAUUGGUGAAAAUGAUUUUUUAGCUGCAACCCAUGCAUUGCAACGCUGAUAACAUGGCUGAAACGGCUCCAUUUUCUGAGUCUUCUUCUGAUUGUAGUGUCAGGAUUCUGCUGCUGGGGAAGAGUGGAUCUGGGAAAAGCUCAUCAGGAAACACAAUCCUGGGAAAGAAACUGUUCACAAUCUCUAAACAACAAAAACGACAAAAAAAGAAAGUUAUAACAACAUGUGAAGAACAAACCUGCCAAGUUUCUGGAAGAGAGGUGUGUGUGAUCGACACUCCGGACCUGCUGGAUCCGGACCUCAUUGAAGAUCAGCUCAAACAAGAGACAGAAAAGCUGAAGUCUCUCUGUCAGGCUGGACUUCAUGCUGUUCUGGUCGUGUUUGAGAUCCAAGAAGAAGUGCAGAAUGAGGAGGAGAUGCUGGAGUUUGCCAGAAGGUUACUGGGUCUAAACAUCAUGAACUAUGUCAUGGUGCUUUUCACACAUGGCAAUGAUCUUGAAGAAGAUGAGACGAUUGAGCAGCUCAUUAAAGAAGAGGGUGAAGCUCUGCAGCAGCUGAUGGACAGCUGUUCUGGCAGAUUCCACGUUUUUGAAAACAAGAAUGGUCUGAAGGACCAAGUCCCAGAACUACUGAAGAAGAUUGAUACCUUGGUGACAAAAAAUGAAGGCAGAUUUUACAUGGGCCAGCACAAAACAAGUAGCCUGGAUCAUUUAAUAAAUUUUUCAGAGGCAGCUGUGACAGAAGCGGCAGCAGGUGGCGCUCUGCAGUCUCCUGAGGGAAAAGAACAGAGAAGAUUGGUGCUGCUGGGAAAGACUGGAGUGGGCAAGAGCGCUACUGGAAACACCAUCCUGGGAAAGAAUGUGUUUGCGUCAAAAGCCAGUUCAUCCUCCCAGACGACAGAGUGCAGCUCUAGGAAGAUUGAGAGAGGCGGGAAAGAGAUUGUGGUGAUUGACACACCGGGGCUGUUCGACACCAAACUCAGCCAAGAAGAAACAACUAAGGAAAUUCUGAAGUGUAUGACCUACUCAUCUCCAGGCCCUCACGCCUUCCUCAUCGUCAUCAGAGUCGGGAGAUUCACAGAAGAGGAGAAAGACACGGUAAAGCAGCUGAAGGAGGUUUUUGAAAAUGCAGAGAAAUUCACCAUGAUCCUCUUUACUGGCAGGGAUGAGUUAGAGAGAGAGAAUCAGACCAUUCAGCAGUACCUGGAGAAAUGCGACCCAGAGCUUAAAGCUCUGAUAGAGAGCUGCGGGAACAGAUACUACUGUGUGGAUAAUAAUAAUAAUAAUUACUCACAGUUUAAAGAUCUGAUUGGUAGAAUUGAGUCAAUGGUGGCUGAAAAUGAAGGAAAGCAUUUCACUGAUGACUCAUUUUCAGAAGUUGAACAAUGUAUCCUGGAAAUCCAAAAUGAGAAGCUGAAGGAGAAGCUUAGGGAUAUUCAGCAGGAGCAGAAGCCUCAGUCUGAGUGGCAGCAGAUUUACUGGAGUUUAGUGGAGGAAUCACGAUCUGAAGCUCUGAUUAACUUUGUUUUAGAAAUGUGUAUUCCAUUGCCUAUGCCUAUUCAAACUUUGGGAAUGAUAUCAAAGGAGAAAGUCAGCACGAUUAAUGCUGCAGAAAGUAAAGGGCUGAGUCGCGGGAGGGCAGUUUGGUUAGCAAUCAGAGCCACACGUAGACUAGCCUUGAAAAAAAUGUGUAGAGUUCAAUAAGAAGAUUUCAAUAGCAUCCACAAUUGCAAAAUAUGCCAUUCAUUCCUUUAAUCACAAAAUAUUGAUUACAUUUAUUAGUGCAGGGCUUUUAUGAUAAUCAUAAUGUAGUUCUAAUAGUAAUAGUAGUCAUUAAAAAUAUAUUCAUCUUUAAAUAAAUUGUUGCAUCCAGAAUAAAUCAACAUACAGGAAUGAAAUUUAAAGAGUUUACCCUGAAAGCACAGAUACUUUGCGCUGUCAACACUCCUGCCGGUACCGUAUUGCGUGUAGCUGUUUCUGGACUGAUUCAGAGACCUCUAAAAUGAACUGCAAUAAGCAUGUACUGCAAAAUAUGUACUGAUGGCAAUGAUGAAAACCCUAUCUAUAACUGGAGCAUCAAAACCAAAAAAAUGAGUGCUGCAUGGCAGUGAUUGUCUCAACAUCAACAUAAUGUGUUCAUGCUCAUUUAGCAAUGUCGGAGGAAGGUCAAUGUCACAUCAUUGCUGCUUGAUUCUGAAAUUAACACUUGUUCUCAAUUUCCGAUGAAUAUAACGAAAUAUAUGACAGCUGUUUAUAGCUGCCCAACAUUGUUUUUAUUAUGCUUCUAUAUUAGAUUACACACAGUGCAUUAUUAAUAUCAUGACAUUGAAUCAUUCACAUUGCAGUUAUGUUUUUUAUUUGGCUUCAUGUAUCGCAGAACAAAAAUAUAGCAACGUCAAUUUUUAACAAUAUUGUGCCGAGGAGACAGAAUAAGCUGCCCCAGUUGACUGAAGAUCGUGUCUUUUAAUUCAGCUUUUAAUUCAGUACAAAUCCAACAGUGAAAUACCGUAAACAGAAAUAUCAGCCAAAACACUAAUUUUUACAUCUCUUUUCUCAAAAAAAUACAUUAUUUCUAUUUUUCUGUUACAGUGAAAUACUAUAAACAAAAAUAUCAGCCAAAACGCUAUUUUUUACAUCUCUGGAAAAAAUAUAUUGUUUCAUUGUUUCUUUAACAGUGAAAUACCGUAAACAGAAUUAUCAGCUAAACACUAUUUUUUACAUUCCUAGAACCAUUUUAAUUUCAAUGUUUUCUAACAGUGAAAUAUCGUAAAUUAUACCACGUAAUUAAUAAUACCUUAUUUUAAUGUUAAAUACUCUUGCACUGUGUAAUUUAUUUUUUUGUGAAAAAUAUAUUUUGUCUCUGUUAAAUGUAUUACCCAUUGUGCAACAAAAAAUAUAUAACAGCCAACACCGUGAUCAUUUCUAUGUUUUCCAUUACAUUUACAUUUUAUGCGUUAGCUUGUUAUUAAAAGGCAUUACAGAAACCAUUGUGUGCAGUACAACUGCAGAUAAAUAAAACUUAUGUUUCAAAUA